AAAUGAAAAGGCUCGAAAGGAUUAUAUGAAAAACUGAAAAAAACCAUGGUAUUGGAGCUGCUGGAACCUUAUCAGUUUCUGUAGCAGUGAUAAGGUGUCAACUUUCGAUUUUUUGUUGAAAACGUUGAGUGUAUUACUGCUUGUUUUAAAGAGACUACAGUGCAACGUGUCUCAGUUUGAACUCAAUAUUUACUGCCGGACAUAAUUUUUAAAAAGUCAGUGAACAUAUAUGUAUUAGUAAGCAAAAACUUUGAUCUUAAAGUGAACACUCAAACGACCUUAUAAUAAAGCCACACACCGAAGUGAAACCAAGAUCAAAGGCUCGCGCAGGAUUUUCCAGUGACUUAAGCAACGAGGUGUAACGAGUUAUGAAAACAGUUCUUUUGACUGUAUCAAUCGUCUUACUCACAAAUCUCGGUUCAUGCUCAACAACAGAAGCAAUUUCAACCAAAGCAAAUGAAGAACCAAUCUCAGCAUAUUCAAAUACGCUCACAGUGUCAAUCAAAUCAACUAAAUUGGAAUCCAAAUCAACUGAAAUGGGAUCCAAGUCAAAAUUGGAGCUCAGAUCUCCCGAAACUUCAGACUUUGCUAAAAUCCGACGGAGCGACUCGUUCAUUGACAAAACUGAUUUCAUCCACGAGUGGUUAAUCCACCAACCCAAAAACUGGUACGUGCCUGCUCCUCCAGGCUUCGGAAAAUCUUCCCUCUUGAGCAUGGUGCGGUACUUCUGCGGUGGACCUCUGACGGCGGAUGAGGGCACUCCUGGCACUCUCAAAAUCGACUCAGAAAAAAAUCCUGACAAUUUAUUUCGUGGCACAUUGGUCUCGGAACUUAAAGACUUCUUCCAUCGGCAUUUCCAGAAGUACAAUGUCGUGUCUAUUGACCUCUCUCCGCUGAGAGAAGCGACUGACUACCGCUCUUUUCGCCACCUUUUAUGCGGAGUCCUUAGCAACUUGGUGAACAACUAUCUACCUCUCCUUGAAUCCAAUAACUUGGAAGAGAUCAAACAUGAGUUUUUCGAAAUGCACAAUAUAACCGAUAAAGACCAUACGCCUGCGUUCUGUCACCUGAACUACUAUCCAUUAAAAGAACACGUACCUCUACUGGUUAAAAAGCUCAAGGAACACACCGGAAAAGAUAUUAUCGUGCUUGUUGACGACAUCGAUGCAUCACUAAAGGCCGUCUUGAUGAAUAACAUCACAACCAGUGAUUACGAAAUAUUUUCGGAUCUACAAUUAUUCGUAAGAAGUUUCACCGAGAGAAGUCCCUGGGGCCCGGCCAAAUGUCUAUUCACCGGCUCCUUUGACCUCCGACUAGCGAUACCCGGCAACGCUUCCAUCCAAAUUUCAGAUUUCUUCCGCGAUAAACGCAUCGCGGUAUAUUUCGGCCUGACCCAACGAGAAGUUGAAAAGUUAUUGCUCAAUUACUCACUCCAAGAUCAUAACGAUGAGGUGAGAAGAAUGUUAAAUGGGAUAAAUAUAAUGGGCUCCUCGGACACUUUGUUCAAUACCCGGGCUGUUCUUUCAUACAUAAAGAAGCGCAACAUCUCAGAAUUCGAUGAUUUAACUAGUACCAUCUUGCGAGGCUUUAAGAAUUUAUUUGCCGAUGAGUGGAUUGGCCAGGAUAUCACGCAAAUUUUAUUUGGAGACGGCAUUGUCAUCAAAGAAGAUCGUGAUCUAGAGUAUACAGAUCUUUCAGGUUUGAAGACGAAAGUAACAGAUGGAUCAGCUCUGGAGACACAUUUUCACCUGAACAAGCCCCAGCAUGAUAUUUUUAUCCGGAUUCUCUUGAGGCUAGGACUGAUGAAGAUCGUCAAAUACAACCAGCAUGGCAGGCUUACUCUAGGUCCGACCAAUACAUUUACCGCGGGAAUCCUCAGGGAUUACUUUUAUAAAAGUAGCUACAUAGAAAGAUAUUACAAAGUCAAAGCCCGUGACGGUGUGUUAUUAACCAGCGCAAUCACGGAUUUGACUCCAUCCAAUUUCUCCAUUCAAGCAUUUGGAGGAGCGAUUUCAAACAUCGUGAAGGAAUGUGUCCCGGACGAUGAAGCUCACUUCAAGUCCUUGAUCUACAUGUUCGCGCAAAAGGCAGCAGACCAUUAUAGUAAGGAUAUCUUGUUGGAGACGAAUGUCCCCAUCCAAAUCUAUGACAACGGGACUCUGAGGGGUGGCCCGUUAUCGGAGAAGACUAUCGAUCUACUCAUGGUGGAAAAACGGAAAAGCAUGGGGAUCAUAAUUGUUAUAAAGUUUAAAAUCAACGCUGUUCAAGUUUUGAGGCUUAUUAAAUCCCGAAGAUGUAUAGAAGUUUUUGACGGAAAACGUUACUCAAAAUACAACCUGAUGGAUAAAAUGGUGAUCGGAAUUUCGGUUUCACAUUCGGGGUCGAUAGAUAUCAAAGGGGAAGUCCUCUUGGAAACCGGGAUUAUCAAGCUGAGUUACUAUUGGCCAGAGCCGAAAAUGAGUCAACCACAGCCACAAGGAACUCAGUCACCGUCACAAGUAACUCAACCACUACCGAAAAAAAUUCCAGUAAGUUCUGCACCACCACCAAACGGCCAACGUGAAAAAAAGACGGACAGAAUUAAAGAAAAAACCAGGGAAAAACAAAUAAAGGAUUACAUGCGCAACUUGCGCAACAUGCGCGUUUGAUGUUAUAGUUAGUCGGACAUACACUGAAGUCAUGUCGCUGGAGAAAGCACCUCUAUUAUUGUGCUUAUGCAUGGCAAAGUUAUUACACUCAAUUCAGUAUUAUGCCGUAGACCGUAAAGGAUUAACAACCGUGCAGUCAAAGAUGAAAAAUUUCCAUUGAACUAAUAAAAAUGAUUCUCUUGGCGAGAAAUUAAUCAUGUAGGGUCCAGGUUUUUGCAUCGUUUUUUUUUAAUUUUUAUUGUUUCCGACUGAAUAUGACUCAGUUUUUAUUGAAAACGUC